AUGGUUUGGAUAACAGUUAGGGUUGAGAGAAUAGAGCAGCUAGCGAGGAGUACUGGACCGACCUCUAGGCAGCUAGCGGGGAGUAAUGAACCAACCUCUAGGCAGCUAGCGGGGAGUACUGAACCAACCUCUAAGCAGCUAGCGGGGAGCACUGGACCGACCUCUUGGCAGCUAGCGGGGAGUUCUGGACCAACCUCUAGGCAGCUAGCGGGGAGUACUGGACCAACCUCUAGGCAGCUAGCGGGGAGUACUGGACCGACCUCUAGGCAGCUAGCGGGGAGUACUGGACCGACCUCUAGGCAGCUAGCGGGGAGUACUGGACCGAACUCUAGGCAGCUAGCAGGGAGUACAGGACCGACCUCUAGGCAGCUAGCGCAAAAAAUACAGACUGUACAAGGCAAAACGGGACAGUAA